AUGGUAAUCCACGCAACAGUCGCCUCUAGACUUGAUUACUGUAACUUGCACUACGCUGGACUGCCCUUGUGGCUGAUCUGGAAGUUACAGAUUGUCCAGAAUCCAGUGGCUCAGGUCCUUACAGGGACACCGUAUGGAAAGUACAUAAAAUAUAAGUCACAGUUUCUAGUGAACCUAAGAAUACAAAAAGGAGAGAAACCUUUUGAAACCUCAAAGUGUGGAAAGAGAUACAGUACAAGCGGCAAUCUUCAAAAGCAUCAAACAACGCACACAGCGGAGAAACCUUUUGAAUGCUCGGAGUAUGGAAACAGAUUCACUCGAAGUGGCUCUCUUCAAGCCCAUCAGAAAGGCCACAGAGGGGAGAAACCUUUUGAAUGUUCGGAGUGUGGGAAGAGAUUCAGUGAGAAUGCCAAACUUAAGAGGCACCGAAGAACGCACACAGGGGAGAAACCUUUUGAAUGCUCAGGGUGUGGAAAAAGAUUCACUCGGAGUGGCUCUCUUCAACGGCAUCAAAGAACGCACACUGGGGAGAAAAACUUUGAAUGUUCAGAGUGCGGAAAGAGAUUCAGUAUCCGUAGCGAUUUUCAGUGUCAUCAAAGAAACCACACUGGGGAGAAACCCUUUGAAUGCUCAGAGUGCGGAAAGAGAUUCAGUGGCCGUAGCGGUCUUCAUUAUCAUCAGAGAACCCACAUAGGGGAGAAACCAUUUGCAUGCUCAGAGUGCGGAAAGAGAUUCAGUACAAGCAGCCAACUUCAACAGCAUCAAAGAACCCACACGGGGGAGAAACCUUUUGAAUGCUCAGAGUGUGGGAAGCGAUUCAGUCAGAGUGACAGUCUUCAACUGCAUCAGAGAACCCACACAGGGGAGAAACCUUUUCAGUGCUCAGAGUGUGGAAAGAAAUUUGGUUACAGAAGGAGUCUUCAGUGUCAUCAAAGAACCCACACAGGGGAGAAACCUUUUGAAUGCUCAGAGUGCGGAAAGAGAUUCAGUGGGCGUAGCGCUCUUCAUUAUCAUCAGGGAACCCACAUAGCGGAGAAGCCUUUUGAAUGCUCAGAGUGCGGAAAGAGAGUCAGUAGCAGCGACGGUCUUCAAAAGCAUCAAAGAACCCACACAGGGGAGAAACCUUUUGAAUGCUCAGAGUGUGGAAAGAGAUUUAGUGACAGUAGCACUCUUCAGCGGCAUCAAAGAACCCACACGGGGGAGAAACCUUUUCAGUGUUCAGAGUGUGGAAAGAAAUUUGGUUACAGUAGCACUCUUCAGUGUCAUCAAAGAACCCACACAGGGGAGAAACCAUUUGAAUGCUCAGAGUGCGGAAAGAGAUUCAGUUCUUGUGGCGGUCUUCAGAGUCAUCAAAGAACCCACACAGGGGAGAAACCUUUUGAAUGCUCAGACUGCGGAAAGAGAGUCACGACGAGAAGCAAUCUUCAAAGGCAUCAAAGAACGCACACAGGGGAGAAACCAUUUGAAUGCUCAGAGUGCGGACAGAGAUUCAGUUCUUGUGGCGGUCUUCAGAGUCAUCAAAGAACCCACACAGGGGAGAAGCCUUUUGAAUGCUCAGAGUGCGGAAAGAGAUUCAGUCGGAGUUCCCAUCUUCAAAAGCAUCAAAGAACCCACACAGGGGAGAAACCUUUUGAAUGCUCAGAGUGUGGAAAGAGAUUUAGUGACAGUAGCACUCUUCAGCGGCAUCAAAGAACCCACACGGGGGAGAAACCUUUUCAGUGUUCAGAGUGUGGAAAGAAAUUCAGUCACAGUAGCAAUCUUCAGUGUCAUCAAAGAACCCACACAGGGGAGAAACCUUUUGAAUGCUCAGAGUGUGGAAAGAGAUUCAGUACUUAUGGCAAUCUUCAAAAGCAUCGAACAACGCACACAGGGGAGAAACCCUUUGAAUGCUCAGAGUGUGGAAAGAGAUUCACUGAGAUUAGCAGUCUUCAGCGGCAUCAAAGAACCCAAACGAGGGAGAAACGUUUUGAACGCUCAGAGUGCAGAAAGAGAAUGUGGGCACCAUCCCUGAAGAUAGAAGCUACAAUCCCUGAAGCAGAAAGACCUUCCUUGGAGCAAGAGCAGAGGGUACAGGCCAUGGAGCGUGUCCAAGAUGUCCUGUCCUGUG